GACUAUGACGCUCAGCGACAGAGUUAGUUUGUUUACGUGUUACCACAACGGACGGGACUUCGGCUGAGAACUAUGGGUGCCCUGUCCUUGUUGCUGGGACAGCCCAACGGGAAAUUCAAAGUGUCUACAGUGACCUUUGAUCUCCCGACAACACCUAGAAGGUCUGUCUACAGUUACACAAAGGUGGACGGCCUUCAUCCCACACAGUCGUCACCCCACCCGAGGACGUCCUGCACGAUCAAGCAAUGCAUCGUGUUAUCUGCAGUUUUGUUAUCGUUGUUACUGAACAUUGUGUUGACGUUUUACCUAUGGAAACACGUUGAUAUCCACGACACUGACAGUGGCAGUCUGUCUACUGACGCUCUUGUGUCUGCAGUAGACAAGGGCACAAUAUGCAUGGACUGCUUUUCUGUCGGUGUUCAUCCGGGCAAUCACAGGAGGACCGACUUGCACGGUAUAACCGUGCAUCACGUGACUGAUUCAACUUCCGUCUGCUGUCUGGAAAAUGCUGAAGGGCUUCAGCGGCUAUUGGCGAUUUUCGCUGACCGAUUCUUUGAUACAACCAGGACCAGGAACCAAGACACCAACAACAAUGACUCCACAGUCAUUCAAAGUAUUUACACUGGAGCCCAUGUGUAUCUUGAAAGUGACGCAUUGACUGCAGCAAAACCUUCUUUGGAAUGGACCGAGGAAUAUGGUUACGGUUCCGCCUACAGAAGCAACGACAUCUACUCUGACAACAACACACUGCGGGUAACAAAGUCAGGCCUAUACUGCAUCUACUCCUUCUUCACGUUCAAGACCCACCAACGACGGCGACGUCCUGAAAACAUCAUCCACACCAUCAGAAGGACCAACACACACCUGCCAAACCUUGGCAGCACUGUAAUCCUUUUGGCCAAGAAGACGAUGCCGGAAGUGAGUGAAAGAUUCGUCACAAGCUUCCUGUCGGCUACAGUCAGGCUGAGACAAGAUGAUCACGUGUUUGUACACGUCAGCAACAUGUCGUAUAUCUACCGGUUUCCACCAUCCAAUUUCUUUGGCUUGUAUUUCGUAGGGACAUAAAGAGCGUAUUCUUACCCAUUUCCUCCUUCUAAUUUCUUUGGCGUCUAUUUGGUAGGAAGAUCGCCCAAGCACUUCGAUCUGGUGUACAAAACCACUACUGGUAAGGUUGAUCUGAAGAUUCAAACCUCCAAAAUGCCAUUGUUGUAUAAAACUGCUAUAAUGUGCGGUGAAUAUAAAGUUUACAGAAAUUUAACCAAUGAAAUCAAAAUUUGUAUAAUUAAAAUUAGCUCCUUUGACUUCAAAGUCUCCUUGUAACUGCUUCAGCCCAGUUCUAUAAUUCGUAAUGAAAGUCCUUCAGAUUUGACUAUUUCGUGUCUUAGUAUUCCCAUUGAAACAGUCAGCAGCUACUUCAAUGUAUUUAUUUAUGUGUACCGACGACUCAUAAUCUGUAAUUGGUUUAAUUACACCGAUGUUGUGCUGACGACCGUGCAUGGUAGACACAUGGAAGAAACUUGUAUCAAGUUUGUGGAUUUUUUUUAUAAUCUUCUUAUUAGAAUAGAACGAUCACCUUUUGGUGUACAUUGUUCUGUCAGCUUUCAUGGUUGAUUCUGUUUUCAUUGUUAAUGUUGUGUUCUUAAUUUGUAAUGUGUGAUCUUUUCGGAGGAGAUGUGGCUCCUGGGUGUCUUGUUUGUGGUGCCUCUGAGUAAGACGUAUCAUAUAGACAUUUCUCUACCAGAUCCUGAACAGGAGUGAUCUGCCUUGAUUAUACCGGAUAAAGAGGGCGCUGAAUACUCUCGACUUGAAUAUGUUUGUGAUUGAUGAUUUUAUUGGUGGCCAAUGUGUUAUAUCCAUGUAAUACCAUAGGGUCAAACGUUCUACAAAGAAGCAUUGUAUUCGAUACUUGAACGUAUAUUUAUUCCGUCCACCCCGAAAAUUGACCAGUGCCUUAAGUAAUGUUAAUAAUUGUUGGUUUACCAACCUUAUUACCCCAUACAAGUGUGACAAAUGAAUACACAAUGCCAUUUAGAAAGUGGUCAAAUGUACACAUAUGUUAUGGUUUACUAAGAAAGUGUAAUCCCAAAUAUAACAUAUGUUAUAAGUGUGACAAAGUUGAAUAUUGUUUACAUGUAACUGUGUUUAACAUUCAUUUAUACAUACUCACGUGUACUAACAUAGACAAAAGUGGCAGUUGAAUAACAUAUAUUGUAUUUUA